AUGAACGUGCUGGAGGGGCAGCAGCCCCCCAACGCGCACGAUCUACUGGACGCGGCGGCCGCCGUCUACUGCGACAACCGGAGCCUUUUCCAGAGCCCUGCCCAGCAGAGACCGGUCGCCCACGCCGGGGGUUACGGCCUGGGCGAGCCGGGGCCGCCGCCGCCGCCGUCGGUGGCGCCGGACCUGAGCUGGCUCUCGCUGGCUGCCGGGCAGCCGGACUUCUUCAAGCUGGUGCGCCCGCCUUACUCCUACUCGGCGCUCAUCGCCAUGGCCAUCCAGAGCGCGCCGGACAAGAAGCUCACCUUGAGCCAGAUCUACCAGUACGUGGCCGGCAACUUCCCUUUCUACAAGAAGAGCAAAGCCGGCUGGCAGAACUCCAUUCGCCACAACCUCUCCCUCAACGACUGCUUCAAGAAGGUGCCCCGCAACGAGGACGACCCGGGCAAAGGCAAUUAUUGGACCCUGGAUCCCAACUGUGAGAAGAUGUUUGAUAACGGCAACUUCAGAAGAAAGAGGAAACGACGAUCUGACACAGCUCAUGGGCCUGGAGUGCCUAACAAAGCAGAGGACAAAAGUAACAGUUGCAUUGUCCAACAAAGCCCUGACCCUCACAAUUUGGGCUCUGGUCAGCUGCGGUGCUCGGCUGGGUCAGGGAAUGACUGCAAACCAACCAGCCUGAACUCUAACCACUGUUUCUCCACCUUUGUCUCCACCAUGAAUGCUGUGGCCCAAAGCCGGAAUGGCUUCCCCAGGCAGCUCACAGGUGGGCAAGGCUGUGAAUUUACACCUGGGAGACAGCAUGGGCCUGGAUUAAGUUCCUCUUGCACUGGCUCCAGCAGCAAUCCAACCCUGGGAUUCGAACUCAGUACUCAAUCCAGCUCCAGGAUGAAUUACUACACUGGUGGUGGUGGGCAGUCGAGCUGGCUCAGCACUCCAGUCCUGAGUACCUUCAGUGUGAACAAUCUGAUUUACAGCAGAGAAGGGACAGAAGUUUGAAGUAAUAAUGGAACAACUUUUGUUUGAAGUAUUACCCACAGACAAUCUUUCUUGAGUGCCUAGACAUUUCACCUUCUGAUAGGAUGGUGAUUUCUAUUGUUUUCUGUCUUGUGCCCAGCAUGCAACAAAAGUCAUUUUAGAACGGUUAUAGAUGUGCCUUUCAACCGCCGACCUCUCACACCCUCACUUACUUUUCUUCAGGUUCUCUCCCUUCAUUCUGUCUUUUUCUCGAUCCCUCCCCAUUCUCCUCCUCUUGAAAAAUCCUAAACUAGAAAGAAAUGUUGCAGCCCAUGUAAACACUUUAGACUAGGAGUUGGGCUGCUUGUGGCUUUGUAGAUGCCUGACUGUGACUCCCUUUGGAUAUGUCAGCUAGGACUAAUGGGGGUGGAAAACCAACAUCAGGAGCACCCCAAUUUAUUAUCCUUCUUUUAGAUCCCCUUGAGACCAAGGCACACUACAGUUGUGUGGAACCUGCUUGAUACCAUAGAUUGCAGGGCGAGUAGGAAUGAUUCCUUCACAGAGGUUAUUUCAUCAGGAUGUCAUUCAGUUGGGACACAAGCAUCUUUCACCUGCAGGAAAUAAAUCACUGAAAGAUCCUUCUUCUCCUGGCACUUCUGUUAAAUGAGCCUGGGCAGAAGAACCUCUAGAUGGAUGGUCCUGUCGAUCAGUCAAUGGCCUGAUGUGCCACCUGUAUUUUCCACCUCUAGGCUCUGCCCUGUUGGACAGGCUGUUUGCAAUAACAGCUUUGCUACACAUUAAAUGGUAAGCAACGAAGACCAGAAUCCUAUUUAUCCCUUCCUCUCCCAUAACAAUCCUUGGAUUUCAUUUUAAGGAAUCGUGUCCCCUCUUAUUUAGCUGCUUUGUUUACAUUCUUAACACUAUGGCCUUAGGUACUUUUUUUAAAAACAAAGAAACAAAAUGCACUAAUCUACAGCAUAGGAAUGUUUUGAAAUAUGUGUAGUUGUUGGACACACCUGG